AUGAACAGCGGCAAUCCGAUCAAUCUUGAUUCUAGACGGUUAUCCACAUCUAUGAAAACGAAAGGAAAGUGGGGAAGAAACAUUGGACGUAGUGGGGACCAACGGGGUAUACAUCGUGGCGAGUUGCCGAAGAGCUGCAACGGUGCAUUCAAUUGCCCGAGUAAAGAUGGCCAGUACGAGGAUUCAAAGCAAUGCGACAAAUACUAUGAAUGCAUCGAUGGCAUUGCCAGGGAGAAGCUUUGUCCAGAUGGAUUGGUCUUUGAUCCGCUCAACCGUAAAGUGAACAAAUGCGAUCACGUGUUCAACGUUGAUUGUGGAGAUCGUCUCGAAUUACAACCACCUCAACCGACCAAGAAGUGCCCGCGAAGAAACGGUUUCUUCGCUCAUCCAGAUCCGUCUGUUUGCAAUAUCUUUUACAACUGCAUUGACGGCGAAGCUAUCGAGAUUACGUGCACCACUGGACUGCACUUCGAUGAAUAUAGUGGCACGUGUGUGUGGCCUGACAGCGCUGGUCGAGAAGGAUGUGGUGUAGUAGACAAGAAGUUGAAAGAUGGUUUCGAAUGUCCGAAAGAAAGUCAGGUCGACACUAGAGGAAUGGUUGUCGAUCACCCUAAAUUUGCCCAUCCAGAUGAUUGUCAGAAGUUCUAUGUCUGCUUGAAUGGAGUAACGCCACGUGAACAAGGUUGUAGCGACGGCACUGUCUACAACGAGGACCAGCAAAGAUGCGAUGCACCUGAAAAUGUCCCCGGCUGUGAGGAUUGGUACAAGGACGAUGACAAGAAAUCAUAAAAAACCUUCUGAAUUUAUGUGUCCCGCAUCGGGAUUCUUGAUAUCAUCAUAAAAUCACAUCAUCCUUGUUCAACGCGUAAUCAUUCAUAAUUAAUAAAUUUUGUUUCAUCUUACUCACGUUAGCUCUUUUGGUAUUUUCUUUCAUCGCUUAUCCCUUAACUUAUUUUACAGUAUUAUUGACAAUCAAUAAUAUAAUGUAUUUCUUAACAGCCAAUCUAUAUUAUUACACACUCAUUAUCUGCUCUGAGAAAUAUUAGCAGGGAAGCUGGUUUGUACAGAUUUUAUAAGACACAAGUAUAGAAAUAUGUACGAAAUGUCUUUGAGUUUCCUUUCGUAACUAACGAAGCGUAUCGGACGUAACUUUCUCCUGGACACUUUAUCGUUUUUUUAUUCUUAAAUUCAUCGACAGAAGACUUUCGUGCUGACGUACUUUUUAUACGCAUAUAUUUUCUGUCCAAUGUAUGUCGAGCGUUUGAUUUGAGCUGUUUAAAAUAUCGAGAUGAUACAUUCUGCAUGUACAUUCUAUAAUUUCAUCGUGUAAAAGAUACUUGUGAUAAUUAUAAACAGAGAGAUAGGUAUGACCAAUCUAAACUUUCCAAACUGUUUCCUGAUUACAUUGUACUUGUGUAAUUGCACGGCAUUCAUUUAUACCCGAUUCAAUCUAAGCUGAAAUUUCUUGCGUAUAGCAAGGAUCAGCUGAAUCUGGCUUGAUUGUAACAGUACCUUAAAGUGCCGUGUAGAGAGAGGGAAGCAGGAACUCUCCGCUCUGCAACAGUUAAAAUUUAAUCGCGAUAAAUAAAUUACCAGUUUUUGGAUGGCCAUAAAAAUUAAUAACACAUUCGUUCGACGUUCCCGCAUGAAAAUAUCAUGUUCCAUAAUAUUUGCAAUUUCCAUAAGAAAAGCAACAGUUCCAUAAUAUUUGCAAUUUCUGAAGAAUGAUUUACGAUCAGAUUAUGAUAGGAACGGUGCAUUUUCGCAAGGAUAUUGGGAAAUCACUGGUUACCACACGUGUUUGAAAAACGUUUAUAUCUUCUGGAUUAAAGGUUAGGUCAUAUUUCGAAGGAGAAAAUUAUUUUUCUCUACGACAUUGAUUAAGAACGGAACAAACAUG